AUGUGUCUCGGCGAUAGGACACCAUCCCAGCUCCUCCGCCCUGAUGAAGAGCCGCCUGGGGAACAACACCAUGGCAGAACCCAUCCUCCGAGGGCUAUGGAUGGAUCGGUUACCACCGAAUAUAACACAAGUUCUAGCCCUGGUACCAGUAGAGACGCCCUUGACGUUGUGGCCGACUCAGCCAACAAAAUAUAUUCCCAAGCUCACCAAAAAGUUCACCAGGUUGAGAGCCACAGGGAACCACACAACGCCUCAAGAAGAGAUGACCCAGCGACGUGCAGAGUUGAGAGACCUGAAACUCUCCCUAUGCCGGAGGCAGCGAAGUUCCAGCACCACGACGACGCCGGGGGCCGCACCUGCAGCUCAAGUCCAGGACGGAGAAACAGUGUGGACGAAUGUUGGUACCACCAAACCUUCGUGACCGAGCCCAACAAUGCCACCCUCCUGCAGACUUAA